UGGGGCACUCCAGGUAAAGAUGGCGGAGCGCGGUUACAGCUUCUCGCUGACUACGUUCAGCCCAUCUGGUAAACUUGUCCAGAUAGAAUAUGCCUUGGCUGCUGUAGCUGGAGGAGCCCCUUCAGUAGGAAUUAAAGCUGCAAAUGGUGUGGUAUUAGCAACUGAGAAGAAACAGAAAUCCAUUCUGUAUGAUGAGCGAAGUGUACACAAAGUGGAACCAAUUACCAAGCAUAUAGGCCUGGUGUAUAGUGGCAUGGGCCCAGAUUACAGAGUGCUGGUGCACAGAGCCCGGAAACUAGCUCAGCAAUACUAUCUCGUUUACCAAGAACCCAUCCCCACAGCUCAGCUGGUGCAGAGAGUCGCUUCAGUGAUGCAAGAAUACACUCAGUCAGGUGGCGUUCGUCCAUUUGGAGUUUCCCUACUAAUUUGUGGUUAGAAUGAGGGGCGACCAUAUUUAUUUCAGUCCGAUCCGUCUGGAGCUUACUUUGCCUGGAAAGCCACAGCAAUGGGAAAGAACUAUGUGAAUGGGAAGACUUUCCUCGAGAAAAGAUACAAUGAAGACCUGGAACUUGAAGAUGCUAUUCAUACAGCCAUAUUAACCCUAAAGGAAAGCUUUGAAGGACAGAUGACAGAAGACAACAUAGAGGUUGGAAUCUGCAAUGAAGCCGGAUUCAGGAGGCUCACUCCGACUGAAGUUAAGGAUUACUUGGCAGCCAUAGCAUAAUAACUGAGUGACUGAAAAAUCUGGAAUCUCAGAUAAUCCCUCUACUCAAACAUGUUUAAAGUAUGUUUUGUUUUGCAGA